GCAUCCACCGGGGCUGCGUAGUCAAAAAUGUGCAGCUUUAUUUCAUUCACCACGCCUCCAUUUUCCCUCAGCCUUAUCCUGAGUUUUAUGGCAUAGACGCCAUCAGAAUGCUGGUGACGUUUGCCAAGGGCGCUCUGGAGCUUCUCUGCCACGAGCGUAUAAUUCCGCAACUAAUUGUGACCAACGACUGGCCCACAUCUCUCAUCCCCGCCUACGCCAAAAACGGCUUCUUCGGCUCCACUUUUGAAAACAGCACUUUCUUCCACAUCAUCCACAACUUAGACCCCAACUACGAAGGCAAGUAG